AUGGAAUCAAGAAUCCUUGCAACAGAUACAGGACAAGAAGGCAAGGCUGCCAUACCGGAGAAGCCUUAUUUUAAUAUGUAUUUCUAUCAAAACACAUCAAGCAGACCCGCGCCCACCAGCACCAGCACCAGCAAAGCAUCAGCCCGACCCUUUCUGUGUAUCAAUCAAAACACCAUUCAAGGACUAAGGGUGCAAUGCGGGGUCUUCCGAAUGGACAGAAGUGAAUGGAUAAAAUCGCCAUCUUUUGUGCUGGCUUUUGGCUAUUGGUUUGGCAUGUCUCGCUAG